UCCACAGGCAACAAGAAAAUUGAAUAGCUUGCUGUUAAAGGCAAACAUGUUUAACAGGAAUAUGCCAAAAAGCAAAAGGGAUAUAACUAAAAUAAACCAAAACUUGUGCAAUGUGCUAAGAAGACAUGGAUCCCACACAAGGCAGCUAUAAAUAUAAGAUUCACUCACGUUCAGCAGUUUUACAGUUCAGAGACUGUGAAAAGACUCAGCCUUUGCAACCACAGUCUAAAGCCUCUUGGCAAUACAUAAACCAAUAACUCUCACCACCACUCACCAGACUAGAGGUAUGGCAGAGAGCCCAGUGAAUCACCUACUCAUAAAGCUUGCCCAAUUUUUCGAGAACGAGGUGUGGCACCUGGCAGGCGGUCAAGAAGAAGCCCUCUCGGUGAGAGGAAAGUUGGAGCGUGUCCAGGCCCUCCUCAGGGUCGUGGAUUCCAGUGAGGAAAGCGACGACGAAGUCAAAGUGUGGGUGAAGCAGUUGAGAAAUACAGCCUACGAACUGGAGGACGCGCUUGAUGAGUUCUCGCUGAUCCUGAGACACGAUCACGGAGUCGAGUAUACUGGCCUUAUCAGCAGGAUGUCCUGCUGCAUCAGGAACCUGAAGUCCCGAUAUCGUGUCACGUCCGAGAUAAAGCGCAGCCACUCCACAUUAAAGGACAUAUGGGAAGGGCACCAGAGGCUGCACUGCAAAUUCAGCAGGGCUCAACAAGAGCUCAGUGCCGAUAACUCCUGGCAGGACCACCGAGGCAAUGCCCUUCUCCUAGAUAGAACUGACCUAGUGGGCAUUGAACAGCCGAAGAACGAGCUGGUCGUGCGGUUACUCGACGGUGCUCUCAGGCGGGAGGUCAUCUCCGUCGUGGGAAUGGGAGGGUUGGGCAAAACCACUCUGGUGAAGCAAAUCUAUGAUGACCCUGCCGUGAAGAAACAUUUCACGGUGUAUGCUUGGAUCACUCUCUCUCGGUCCGCGAAGUUCGAAGAGUUCCUCAAAGACAUGCUUAAUCAGAUCAAGAGGGUGAUCAGGAAAUCGGUCCCUCCAGGAGCCAACACUAUGAAUAGCCAAUGGCUGAAGAUGCUCAUCAAGGACCUGCUUCAGACGAGGAGGUACCUGAUAGUCCUUGAUGACGCCUGGCACAUAAAUGAAUGGGAUGCGGUCAAGCACGUCUUGCCCAACAACAAGCACGGAAGCCGAGUCAUCAUCACAACCCAGAAUGCCGAUCUGGCAUCCACCUCCUGCAAGGAGUUCAACGGGCUGGUAAAAAAUAUGGAGCCGCUCGAUCCAGAGCAGUCGUGGAAGCUUUUCUGUCGGAAGACAUUUCAGGGGAAUUCGUGCCCUUCCCACCUGGAGGAGAUAUGUAAGUUUAUUUUGAGGAAGUGUGAAGGAUUACCGCUCGCCAUCGUGGCCAUCAGUGGUGUUCUGGCUGCGAAAGACAAGCAGAGGAUUGACGAGUGGGAUGUGGUACGGCGCAGCCUUCGCGCUGAGAUCGAUGGCAAUGAUAGGCUCAAGAACUUGAAGAGGGUGCUUUCCCUCAGUUUCGGUAAUUUGCCGUACCAUCUCAAGUCCUGUUUCUUGCACUUGAGUGUAUUUCCGGAGGGUCAUCGGAUCGAACGCAGAAGACUCAUCCGGCUUUGGGUAGCGGAAGGGUUUGUCGAGAGAAAAGAAGGCAAGACGCUCGAAGAAGUUGCAGAGGACUACUUCAGAGAGCUCCUGAACAGAAGCCUGAUCCAAGUGGCUGAAACGACAACUGACGGAAGGUUCACAUUUUGCCGCAUCCAUGAUUUCCAGAGGGAAAUAAUAACUUCAAAAUCGCGAGAUCAAAGCUUCGCAAUGAUUGCCAAAGAGCCAACCGACAUGUGGCCAGAUAAAGUUCGCCGCCUUUCAUUGCACAACAGCCUGCAAGCUGCACAGCAAAACAGGUCACUUUCUCAUCUGCGCUCUCUAUACAUGUUCGGGGUAGACAAGGCAUCCAUUGACAUUGUCCUAGGUAGUGACAUCAAACUGCUCAAAGUCUUAGACUUGCAAGCCACACCUUUGCCAAGGUUCCCAGUCCAAGUUGUUGACUGGUACUACCUAACAUAUUUAAGCUUCAGGCACACCGAGGUUGAAACAAUUCCUGCUUCGAUAGGGAAGCUUCAGAACUUAGAGACUCUAGAUCUUAAGCACACAAAUGUAACGCGAUUGCCUGUCGAAAUAUUGAAGCUGCAAAAGCUCAGGCAUCUCUUGGUGUAUCGGUAUGAGAACAUAUCCUAUUUGUGCUGCAAGUAUGGCUUCAAGGCACUCACGGAUAUUGGGGCUCUGCAAUCCCUUCAAAAGUUGUGCUACAUAGAGGCGGAUGAUGAGAGGAGCCACAUUAUAAUGAGAGAGCUCGGGAAGCUGACGCAGUUAAGCAGGUUGAGCAUCCUGAAGUUGCGGAAAGAAGACGGAAGAGCUUUGUGCUCAUCGAUCACGAAAUUAACCAACCUCCAUGCAAUAUCCGUGGCUUCAAUCGAGGAUGACGAAAUAUUGGAUCUGCAACAUCUUACCUCUCCGCCUCAACUACUGCAGAGGAUCUACUUGAAAGGGCGUCUCGAGAUGCUACCAAACUGGUUAGCCACUCUCCAUAGUCUUGUCAAGUUGCAUUUACAAUGGAGUCGGCUGAAGGAUGACCCGCUCGUAUCACUCCAAAGUCUGCCCAAUCUCGUGCAUCUCGAGCUGCUCCAGGUCUAUGAAGGAAAGACCUUACGCUUCAAAGCCAAAGGUUUUAGGAAGUUGAGAAUUCUGGGUCUCGACAAUUUCGAUGAACUGAGAUCAGUGGAAGUGGAGGAAGGAGCAAUGCCCUGCCUGGAAAAGUUGAUCAUUCAGCGCUGCAAGCUACUGGAGAAGCUGCCAUCAGGUUUCGAGUAUCUGACCAAGCUCAAAGUACUUGAAUUCUUCGACAUGCCUGAUGAGUUGGUCAAGAAGUUUGUGCAAGACGAGCACGACAAGGAUUAUCAGAAGGUCGCACUCAUUCCAGAAGUUUACUAUGGAUAUUGGAGAGAUGGAGUCUGGGACGUCCAAUCGAUAGAGAGAUCGUCCGAGGGCGACGCCUCUCAUCGCCAAGGCACUAGCAUGAGGAGCAGUCAGUUCCCUCCAUGCUGGAAGUAAUGGAUUGAUUCUUUUUACGUGAUCUGAGUAUUAUAUGCGCACAAAAUGUUUGCAAUGUACAUAUGAGUGCGAGUAUGACUGUAUGUAUAGCAAAUGUCGACGAUAACAGGCAUAUGCAAAAACAAUGUAAAUACUAAGGCAAGGUAAUUUUCUAUGCCUGUAAAUGACAUGAAUAAAGCAGUUAUUUCACUGUA